CGCUCCCUGGAAUGGAGAAGAGGGGAGUGACGAGAGAACAGGAAUACAAAUCUGCAAUUGAUUUUCAUAAUGUUUCUGCGGUGUUCUCAAACCAAUCGCCUGAACCUCCCCGGUCUUACCUAAGAGAGAACCCCUCCUACGUCUCUGAAGUGCUCCGAACUGAUAUAUGACAAUAUCUACUUUGGAUCACGUGCUCGGGGAGAGAGACUAAGACGGAUAACGCGUCAUCUCGCCUUCCCAAAAUUUUCCCCCCUCGCUAGACUGGGUCCAAAACCUCCAUCUAGAGCAGGCGGAAAAGGAGAACGAUGUUUAACUCGGUUAACCUGGGUAACUUCUGCUCGCCGUCGCGCAAAGAGAGGGGCGCUGAUUUCGGCGAAAGAGGGAGCUGCGCCUCCAAUCUCUAUCUGCCCAGCUGCACUUACUACGUGCCCGAGUUCUCUACCGUCUCUUCUUUCCUGCCCCAGGCCCCUUCUCGCCAGAUCUCCUACCCUUACUCCACCCAAGUGCCCCCAGUCCGGGAGGUCUCCUAUGGCCUGGAGACCUCGGGGAAAUGGCAUCACAGGAACAGCUACUCUUCCUGCUACGCUGCGGACGAGCUCAUGCACAGGGAAUGCCUCCCUCCUUCCACCGUGACCGAGAUCCUCAUGAAAAACGAAGGCUCCUACGGCAGCCAUCACCACCCCAGCGCCCCCCACCCGGGCCCCGGCUUCUAUUCGUCAGUCAACAAGAACAGCGUCCUGCCUCAAGCCUUCGACCGAUUCUUCGACAAUGCCUACUGUGGGAGCGACGGGCCGGCCGAGCCCCCAUGCGUGGGCAAGGGAGAAGGCAAGGGAGAACCCGAUCCCCCCCAGCCCGGGGUCCUAGCUCCCCGGCCGGAGUCCGGAGGAGACCCGGAGGACGAGGAGGAGAACACUAACCCCAGCUCAUCCGGCUCGUCCCACUCCGCCAGCAAAGAGGCUAGCAAGGGAACCAGUUCCAGUAGACGCCCCCCGGACCCGAAAGAAGCGCUGCCCUUAUUCGAAAUUCCAGAUCCGGGAACUGGAGAGAGAAUUUUUCUUCAACGUCUAUAUCAACAAAGAAAAGCGGCUGCAGCUGUCCCGGAUGCUGAACCUGACAGACCGACAGGUGAAGAUUUGGUUUCAGAACAGAAGAAUGAAAGAGAAAAAACUAAGCAGAGACCGGCUGCAGUAUUUCUCUGGGAACCCUCUACUGUAAACCUUGGACUGGGCUCUACUGUAAACCUUGGACUGGGAGGGGGAGGUCAGGGGAGGGAAGAAGGUGUAAGGUUAUUUUAUUUUAUUUUAUUAUUUUAUUAUUUUUAUUUUAUUUUAUUUUUUUCUAACUGGUCUUCUCUCUGCGAGUAGAAAACUGGACUAUGUCAGCCGAUGGGGGGCUGUGGGGCUCCCCAGUUUUCCCACCCCUUCCUCCAGUCUCUCCCCAGAGCUAUCUGUCUCCACAUUUGGUCUGUGACUUUCACUGUGGAUGUCAGGGACUAUGUGUAUUGGGGGUGGGUGGGUGGAGAUGACCAGUGGAAAUCCUCUCUGGCCAAAAUGAAAACUCUUUAUUUAAAAAAGAAAGGAAAGCAAAACCACACAAGACAACAAUUUACUGGAAUAGUUGGAUUUGGACGGGUAAGAGCAAAGGGGUGGUGGGCAUCAGAGUCUAACCUGCUACUAGAAAUGAUGCCUUUCUCCAUUCCCAGUGAGCAAAAACCUGGUAGCUUCCCCUGCCUGAGAACUAGAGAGCCCGGAGCCUCCCCCAGCCCUUUCCCAAUUUCUUUCCACCUCCUAAGGGGGUGGGGUGGGGGAGCAGCAACUCGACCCUGCCAUGGUGUGAAAUUCAUGUACCUUCGAUUUGGUGUUAGGUGUGCAGAGUUCGUGUCCUACCUCCGUCUGCACCUAGGUGCACAGCUGUGAACCUACGGAGCUGUCUUCUCCUAUACAGAUGUUGAGCCCUCUUUUCUGGUGCGAGAUUCCUGACAUUUUCUCCCGACCCCUCCUUUCUCCCUGCACCCUCCCUCCCCCCAUCCCGUCUUUUACAUCUCUAUCUAUAGUCUAUGCAGUUGUUACCUCUUUUUUUUUUUUAAGGAAAAAAUGGGGAGGUGUAGGAGAGGGAAAAAAAAGGAAAGCUGGGGAGGGUAAGUUCAACACUUUCCCCAAAUUUCCCCCGGAUUUUUGUAAAUACAUUUCACAAGCAAUUCUCUUUCCCUUUGCCCCCCUCCCCACACAUGUCGGGGAGAAGAAAAAAGAAAAACGAAAAGUCCAAGAACCCAUUCUUUGUAUGUAUGCGUGUGCGUGUGCGUACGUGUGUGCAAUUCCCACCCAUCCCCAUGGGGGGGAUUUCUGUGAAUUUUUGUGGAAAAUAAAAAGAUUCCAUUCUGUUCAAAAUGAUUUCAUUUAACCCUUUCAUUAGGCUUUCCACUUCUCCAAGUUCUCAGUGUGGCAACCACUCCAUGUAUGGCACAAGAGACACCAGAUCCAGGCAUUUCCGGAUGGGAAGGGGGAAGAAAGGCUGUGGAGGGUGGGAGACUAGAGGCGAGAGACGAGAGAUGCGUGGGAUGUGUGUGUAAUCAGUCAUUCCUGUAUGCUUGGGCACUCUCUGCCCUCUGUGUGCGCGCCUGGGGAUGAGUGGAUGUGUGUAGCUUCCUUUUCAGGCGGAGGAAACGGAGACUCCAUUUUCCCUCCUAAUCCUCUUCUUUCUCAUGUGCACUCGGGGCCUGCUCCAAACUGCCAGCAACGUUGUGCUUUUAAGCGCAUGUUUGUUGUGGAGUUAAUUGUAACCAUCAUCGAAUUGAAAUUUAUAGGAAUUUUCUUGGCUCCGCCGCCCUCCCUCCAGAUGUCUCCGUCUGUCGCACUUAAAUUUGCAGGGUUUCCUCCACCCCCUUCACGAGAAGACUGUAUUGGAAUUUUUAUAUAUGGUGAUUAUUGGGCGAGGGAGUGAGGGAGGGAGAAGGGGGGGA